AGUGGUUUUAGUCUAAAAUAAAAUAAAAUGAAUCAUUUUCGUUGAUGUAUAAUGGACAGUCAAAUCCUCCUCUUAGAUAUUUUUACUAAAACGUUAGUUGAGUUAAAUCCUCGAAUAAGUAGGCAUCUUUGAACCAGUGAUAGUUCGUGAUAAUAGUAAUUUGAUUAGUGAGUGUGACGACCGCCUAGACCGCACCUAUCUCUGUUGUGUGUUUGUAGUGUAGUGAUAAAUCGUUAUCAUGGACAAAUAACAUAGAUUUUGAAAUAAUCUGGGUGUAACUCUCUACACGCUACAAAGAUGGCAGAUCGAAUAAUUUUUAGUUUGUUGUUAACGAUAUUUAGUUUAUCAUGCUCAUUAGGACGAGAAGUUCCGUCGCCCCCGUACAUCGUGAAACAGCCCCCAACCGACGAAGUCCUUUUCCAAGUAGAAAGUGGCGGCGAAACCGACAAACCAUUUUACAUAGAAUGCGAAGCGGUAGGCGAGCCCGCCCCCAAAUACCGCUGGAUUAAAAACGGCAAGCCGUUCAAAUGGCAAGCAUACGACGAUCGUAUAUCCCAGCAACCCGGACGCGGCACGUUGUCAAUCUCAAAACCUCAAGACGUUGAUUUAGGACAAUACCAAUGUUUCGCCGAAAACGAGCACGGAGUCGCCACUUCCAACUCCGUCUUCAUGCGAAAAGCCGAACUGAACUCAUUCAAAACAACCCAGCCUGUAUCACUCACAGGAAACGAAGGUGAGCCGUUCAAGCUAACCUGUGAACCCCCUGAUGGAUGGCCGAAGCCUAUCGUUCACUGGAUCUACUUGUACACGAGCGGGGGCUUCAAAACGAUUAAUAGCUCCCGAAUGACGAUCGAUCCCGAAGGGAAUUUAUGGUUCUCGAAUUUGACCAAAUCGGAUGUUACGAAUAACUAUAAAUACGCUUGUGCCGCCACCUCGCCCUUCAAGCACGAGUACAAGUACGGGAACAGCGUUCUCUUGAAUGUCGUUUCCACAGGAGUGUCGGCCGUAUCGAAUAAAUACGAACCUGUUCUUCAGUACGUGUCGAGGAAGAACACAGUUGCGUAUUUAGGGAAACAACAAAAGCUGUAUUGUAUUUACGGCGGGACACCGCUACCUCAAACGGUGUGGUCCAAAAACGGUAAGCCUAUAAUAUCAUCGGAUCGAAUAACGCAAGACAAUUACGGUAAGUCACUCUUAAUCCGAGUCGUCGAUUUCGAGGACGAAGGUACCUACACUUGCGAAGUCAGCAACGGGGUUAAGGAAGCCAAAUCGUACUCGAUUAAUCUUAAAGUUUACGCCGUUCCGUACUUUACGAAGGAGCCUGAACGCAUAAACGCCGCCGAAGGCGAAACCGUCGAAUUCCGUUGUGAGGCAGGCGGCGUGCCGAGACCGGAGAUCAAGUGGAUCCAUAACGGAAAACCGAUAGCCGAGGCUCCUCCAAAUCCGAGAAGACGCGUCGAAAGUAACAGGAUUUUGAUCGAAAGACUGACGAAAGGUGAUACCGGGAACUAUGGUUGCAACGCUACUAAUUCUUUGGGUUACGUUUACAAGGAUGUCUACGUCAACGUGCUUUCACUUCCCCCGGAGAUCAUAGAGGCCCCUAAGGAUACUCAAGCUGUGGACGGUCAGGACGUGACCAUGAUUUGUAAAGUCUUGGGUGCGCCUAAGCCGUCCGUCAAGUGGAGUUUGAACGACAGAGAACUAACUGGCGGCCGCUACCACGUGCAAAACAACGGAGAUUUGCUAAUCACGAACGUCCAGUUUGAUGACCGAGGCAACUACACUUGUUUCGCCGAAAACAAAUUCGGGACUGCUGCCGAAAAAGCACAAUUGUUUGUCAAAUUUCAUACUUAUAUUACCGACGGUCCCGAAGACUACGAAGUGGCAGCUCAUACAUCCGCAACUUUUAGGUGUAACGCAGUUAGUGAUGAUUCUUUAGAUUUAGAAAUAGAGUGGUUGAAGAACGAUCAACCUAUAGAUUUUGAAGAAGAACCAAGAUUCGUGCGAUCGUCGGAUUAUUCUUUAACCAUCACUCAAACUAACGAAUUGGAUUCAGGGACCUAUACUUGCGUAGCUAGAACCGCGUUAGAUAAAGCUUCCGCUAACGCUCAACUUAUCGUCCAGGAUGUACCAAACAAACCCCACAUGGAAGGUGUGGAAUGUCACGCUAAAGAUGCCACUAUUCGGUGGAAAUCAAUGGGUGACAACCGUGCUCCAAUUUCGCAUUAUAUUAUCGAAUAUAAUACCACAUUCACGCCAGAAACUUGGACUGCUGCAUCCAAUAACGUCCCGGCUACUGAUAUGAGCUACAAUGUUCCCAUGAGUCCCUGGACCAACUACACCUACCGCGUGAUCGCAGUCAACAAAAUCGGUAAGUCCUUACCAUCCGGUCAUUCCGACGUCUGCCAAACCGAGGCUGAUGUCCCCUACAAAAAUCCCGACGAUGUCAAAGGCGAAGGUGACGAACCCGACAACUUGAUCAUCACUUGGACGCCCAUGCCGAAAAUUGAACAUAACGCCGACAAAUUCCACUAUCGGGUUUCUUGGAAACGCGACAUCCCUGAAGCUGAAUACGAAAACCAGGAUAUAACCGACUGGAAAGUCAAGCGCUUUGUUGUCGAAAACCAACCAACGUUCCAACAAUAUCGGAUCAAAGUAAUCGCCAUGAAUUCGAAGGGCGCGGCUAACGUGGCACCUCAAGAAGUGAUCGGAUAUUCAGGCGAGGACCAUCCAGUGGAAGCUCCUUCCAACUUCACCCUGCUCAAAAUUCAGGGUCCAAAAACAGCUCUUCUGAGCUGGAAUGCCGUAGAUAAAAGGAACGUGCGUGGGCACUUGAAAGGGUACAAAAUUAAGACAUGGAGUGACAUAUCAUCGCCUAUGCACAACGAGAUACAAGUCCAAGGUUACGUUACUAAAGCGUUAGUGGAUAAUUUAGAUCCAUUUACGCGAAAUUACGCUCAAGUGUUUGUUUACAACGGUAAAUACAACGGACCACCUAGUGAGACUUUGAGGUUCGUCACUCCGGAGGGUGUUCCUGAGGCGAUGUCGUACCUCGAGGCUUACCCGUUAGGGGCGUUGCACUCGAACGAUCCUAGCAAAUCCGCAACUUCUGCGUUCCUACUCACGUGGAAGAAGCCCGAAAAACCGAACGGGGUCCUAAGGGGUUAUAAUAUUUUCUACAGACCCAUAAUCGACGGGACUACGAAUAGCAGACUAGCGAGAAACCCGCAGAUCAACGGUGGGGAUGUCCUAAGCGCUAAGUUAAGUGGACUUAAGCCGGAUACGAACUACGUUAUAUAUAUCACGGCACGGACUGACGCCGGAGAAUCUAAAGAGUUCUACAUUGAGAGGAAGACUAACCCAGCUGGGUUCAGCGCUCCACCAGGUGUACCCGAUUUCGACUGGGAACCCGUGAAGGCUUCCGAAGAUGGGAAGGGCACAGUUAGGAUACAGUGGAAGCCGGACAAGAACAGCAACCCCGGUUCACAUUUUAUAGUCAAAUAUAAAAAAGAGGGUGAACCGAAUUAUGAGGAAGUGCAAGUUUUGAAUGACGAUUUUGUUGAAAUUCCUGGUAUCGCUCAAAGCGAAUCGUACGAUUUUAAGGUUACGUCAGUGGACGGCGACCACCAUGUGGACAGUAGGGUCAAAAGUAUUAACAUAUAUUCUGACGGACCGCUUAUUAAAGCAAACGAAAAUAUGGCGACUGCUGGUUGGUUUAUCGGAAUGAUGCUAGCGAUUGCUAUUCUGUUACUGAUUUUGAUUGUUGUUUGUAUUAUAAAGAGAAAUAGGGGCGGGAAGUAUGCCGUACAUGAGAGGGAACAAGCGAAUGGACGCCAUGAUUACCCGGAUGAAGGAGGUUUUCAUGAGUAUUCGCAACCGUUAGAUAAUAAGUCUCAUGGUAGAGCUUCUGUGAGCAGUGAGCCUAAAGUAGGGCCAGAGAGUGAUACGGACUCGAUGGCAGAGUAUGGUGAUGGAGAUACAGGGCGUUUCACAGAAGACGGAUCUUUCAUAGGUCAAUAUGUUCCAAGCAACAUGAAGCAGCUUGGCCCACCCUCAAUUACGGCAGGGGUUAAUAAUAAUGCGUUGGCCACGUAUGUAUAAACAUACCGUGACUGUAAGCUUACUCUAAACUAAUUCUUCUUUACACAUUUAUUUUUUGCUAUUGCAGUGUUGUGACAUUUUUUUAAAUUUUAUUUUGUGUACUUUAUAUAGGUGAAAAAAAUCUCAAAAAAGUUAUUUUUUAUGAAAGAUAUUUAUUGUUUGACAAUGUGUUCUGACUUUCAUUUCGGGUAACUUUAAUUCGUCCAUUUCUAGGUUAAACUAUUAUAAUUUAAAAAAUAAAAAAAUCAAAAGAUUUAAUGUAUAGUAAUAUAUUUUGUUUUGCGUUUCAAUUUGAAAAUGACAGUGGAGCGCUCAUUUUGAAAUUGUAACGACGUAAUCUGUUAAGUACUGGAAUACUUUGUGUAUCUUUAUGUAUUAUAUAGUUAUUACUUAUAGGAUCAUAUAUUUAUAAUGUUUUCAUAUUAUUGCCCAAGGAAUUACGUUCAUAUAAUAUAUAACAUUUGAAAGAUCUAUAAAUUUAUAGACAUGUUUCAUGCUUGAAAAGUAAUUAUUUAUAAGUUAGGUAAUAAAUUUGUCUGGAUUGCUUUAAUGUCAGUCAUUUUUUAAAUUAUAGUUUUAUUCUUGACACUGCCUAAUUUAGAAAUAUCAAGUGACAUUGAUUUGGACGAUAUUAGGAGUACAAUAAGCGGUAUCCACGCGUAGAUGAUUGGCUUUAAGUCGCUUUAUGUGAAUUUGCGCAUUCAGACAUCACAAAAAUUCAUAUAAAUUGACUUGAAAUUAAAAGACUUAUUGUACAGAAUCUCGUUUAAAACAUGCUAUUAUAAAAAUAAUUGAAAUUAAUCUAAGUAAAGUAAGUUAAGCUGAAAUAUUUUUUUUACGAUUUUCGUAGUUUGUAGAUUUUGAAAUUUUACAUUGCAAUAAUUUAACAGUUACACUACGUCGAAAUAGUAAUGUAGAUUAUUGCGCUUUAUUUUUUUGUAUACGUUAAGAUAAGGCAUAGGCCCUAUAUCAUUAAAUUGUAAAAUAUUUUUGUUUUUUUUUCUUUGUGAUCAGAUUUACAACAUAUUUUCUGAAAAAUUGGGAAUUUUGACACUAAACAAUAAUAACUGUGUCAAUUUGGCUUCUGUAAAACAGGACAUGGGUGCUAGUAUUGUGGUUAUUAAUUUGUUGCAUGAUUGUUGCUUGUUAUGUUUCAUGAACAACAGCUUCCUUUCCAUUGUAUGGGGUAAAAAUAAAGGGAAAUACUGCUAGCGUCUCGAAAAAUAUUAUUUUGCGUAAAUUUAGUAGUUUGGCUUUUGUAAGUGUAAAGUAUAAUAAAAUGUUUUGUCGCCGA